AUGGGAUCUAGAUUACGGGAAAAUGUUAAACAACUCUUUGAGUGCUUUUGCGAGGUAGCAGCACCAGUGGGGGAGAAACCAGCGUGGAUACUUCAGAAAUAUCCAAAUUCUUUUUUAGAUGAAGAAAUACUUAAAUCUGUUCCUAAAUUCGCAUACCCUUGUGAAGUUGAAAAUUUGUUGGUGCAACACUUCUCCUUUGUACUCACUAGUAUAGAUUCAAAAUGGACUUUUGGAUUUUGCCGUCAUGAUCCUAAAACAGAUACAGCUUUGGUAGUUCUGAGUGCACUACCAUGGCAUGAAAUAUUUUACAAGUUACUAAAUCAUAUUGCAUCCCUGACCAGCAAUGCCAGUGGAGAGGAUCUGUGGAAGUUUCUUGAAAAUCUUUAUACAUGUGGAGUUCCAAUUCCUGGAAAUUCCAUAUCUAUUCCUUUACCAAAUUCUACUGCGAAUUUUGUUUGCCAAAGCCCAAAACAAUUUCAACUUCCUAGUAUUCCAGAAAAUAGAAAUUUGACUGAAUAUUAUAGUGCUGUUGAUUCAUAUAAUAUGAUGAUAGUAUUUGCAUCUAUGUUAUAUGAACGUCGCAUUAUUUUUACUUCAAAACGUCUGUCAAGAUUAAGUGCAUGUGUACAAGCAUGCAAUGCCUUAAUUUAUCCAAUGAUUUGGCAGCAUAUAUACAUCCCUGUUCUACCUUUAUCGUUGAUAGAUUAUUUAUUAGCGCCUAUGCCGUUUUUGAUCGGAGUGCCGACGGCAACGCUUCAGAAAGUACGCAAGGGUGAUUUAGGGGAAGUUGUUAUCCUGGAUGCUGAUAAUAAUACAAUCGAAUCACCAUUCCAAGAUCUAGAGUCCUUACCUCAAGAUGUAGUGACAAGCUUGAAAAAAGCGUUACGUAAUAGACCUGCUCUUCUUGGAGACGGCGUAUCAAGAGCAUUUUUGCGCUCAUUAGUACAGUUAACAGCAGGCUAUAGAGAAGCAUUGACUUUGCAGCAGGGUGAACGUAUUACGUUUAAUCAAAACGCAUUUGUUGAAAGCAGGCCAUCGUCCAUGCAACCGUUUUUACGGAAAAUGUUGGAAUUGCAAAUUUUUCAACAGUUUAUAGAGGAAAGAUUGAACAUGCUCAAUUCAGGACUUGGAUUCUCAGACGAGUUCGAGAUGGAAGCCUGCAGUUAUUCAGCUAAAUCAAGUAGUAAAUUCAUGCAACAAUAUAGGGAAUGGACUUACACUAUGCGAAAGGAAAGCUCUGCGUUUUUUCGCAGCGUGAAAGAUAAGGCCAAUCCAGCAGUAAAGUAUGCAGUUAAAUCAGUCAAAGAUAAGGGGAAGGAUAUGAAAACGGCAUAUAAAGGACUAAAGUGGAAAGGUCGCUCUAAUAGAAGCGAGACAAGUAUGAGAUUUCACCAGCCGCGAUCAGCUCCCAGUUCACCCACGUUAGACAGAAGACCUAUGGGGUUUGGUUCUCCACCUAAAUCUCCAAACGGAUUGUCAGCAACUACUAGCUAUCGGAAAGAAUUGCGUUUGCGAAAUAGCAAUUUUGCUGAUACAAGUAGAAAACAAUACUCACCGUUAAGCCCUAGUUCUCCUGAGGAAUCUGAAUCUCCUCCAGAACGCAUAAACAUAGAUCUUAUGCACGAACUCCGGGACGUGAUAUUUCCAAAUACACCGCCCGUGGAUAGAACGUUGAAACCAGUACGCAGUUUAGACAGCUUGAGACCUGCAUGGAGUGGGCAUUUACGGCACGGCCCUCCACCUAGUAUUGUCAUUACAAAUCCAUGCGAAGUUUCCUUGAAAAAGCCAAUUUUAUCUUCCUUUCGUCCUCUUCCUUCGGAUAACUCGAUUAAACGAUCGAAUACAACACCUGAUACAAGUGCAGCAGCAAAGACAUUUCCUUUCAAUUCAUUAACUACAAAAUCAAACAAAACUGUGAAAGAAGUGGACAAAACGUCGCUUCUAUCCGUAUCAUCCACGUCAUACGAUCAAACCGCUAAUCCGAAUCGAUUUUUGCACGAAGUACAUGUACAUAAUGAUUUAACGGAAACUGUUGAUAAUUCGCAAUUGUGUAUUUGUGAAAAUGAGGAUGCUAAACCUGGGGAAAAUAUUUCUUCAAGAGAUGAAAAAUUCAAUUCCAAAGACAUUCUCACAAACACAGACUCUACCACGAGUAUAUGGGACAACGAGCCUUUUGAUAAAACUUUCAAAACAUCAAAUUUUCUUCACGAAGUUAAUGAGAACGACCCUUUUGACACGAGUAAAGUAUUCAUGCCUACCUAUUUGCAAACGCCACUCUUCAAAUCUACAAUUCCCUCGAUACCUGUGCAAUUUCAUCAUCCAUUACCACAUCCAUUCAAUACUACAUCCUGCUCUGCACAUGCUAAGGAUUCUCCCGAUGUUCCAGAUUUAAUACGAUUAGAUCCGACAAAUAGCAGUGACGAUUUCGACCCACUUUUAUCUAAAUCUUCCGAAUUUACAAACACAAGACAAAUGACUCAAUCGUUACAUUUACCCGAAAUGGGUGAAGGUCUCAGUAAUCCAUUAUACCCUUAUUUCCAACCAUUGCACAAAAGCAAUGAUAAACCGAAAACCUCCGAUAACGCGGGCGACAUGGAUUUAUUACAAGCAUAUGGUAUAGAUUUUAAUAAAUUUAGUUUAGCCAAUGGUGAUUUGUCUACCAAGAAUACUACUACAACGUGUAAUCGAAGUGUACCAGACAACAGUAUUAGUAAUAUUGAUACGUUAGAUACAUUCAGUUUAACGCUGAAUGCACCUGCCAUUAAGUCGCAAAAUAAUUGGACAAAAUUCGAAUAAAUUUUAGUAUAAGUAAUACAUAUCAUGAUUUGUAAAUACAUUAUUAGUAUUGUUUUGUUAUACAUUCAAAUAUGAUUAUCAUCGAAUAUGUGCAUUAACGUUUCCUUGUGAAAUCGUCUUAGAAAUCAGCAGAUAAUUGUUUUACUUUGCGCACAAUCAUUUGUCAAAAAAGAAAAAAAAAGGAAGAAAUGCUGUUUUGCACUAUAAAAUUUUAUACUCUCUCUCUCUGUAUAUGCUUUGUAUUAAAGAUUAAUAAUAUUUGUUGUGUAUAUUUCGUCAAUAGAAUACAAUGUUUAUAUUUUUACUACAUAACGCUAUGUCUGUUUACGUUACUAAGGAACUUAUGCAGUGUGAAACUAUCAUGUUAUUACAUAAACUUCAUUUGGCAGCAGCAGCGUAAUAAGAAAGGAUUCAAAGAAAUAAAUUAAAAAUUACAGAUUCGGAUAUAAUUAAAUAUUUUAAUGCUGGUAUAUAUAUACAAUUAAUAUCCAGCUCAUAAAGACAUACUGUAAUUAUAGAAAUAACAGUACUGUAUCGUGUAAUACUGUCGCACUUUUAAAAUCUUUAAGAUACAUCUAAAAAUCAUUUAUGUAAUUUUACUUUACAUUUUUUAGCUUUAUCUAAAUUCUCAUGAAAUACUCAAUCGAGUAUUAUUUCAUAAACAUUUGUAGAUACCAAAUACUCCAUUUAGAAACUUAUUAAACUAUAAUGGAAGCGACUGCUGAUAGAGAAGGAACGUAAAUUAAGUGAAAUGAAUAUAUAUACCGUACAAUUUUAUAGUUUAGAUUAUUGUUAGAUAUUGAUUAUGUCAAUUUUAAUAACUGUUGCACAUUUAUCGGCAAUGCUUUAUAAUAAAUUAAUGCGAAAAAAUAA